AUGGACGUACAGCAUUUAACUAUGAGGUACAGCAGCCAAAAGCCACAUCAACAAAAUGGAAGUCAUGCAAUCAGUCAUACUACGAACAAUAGUCGACGCACCAUGGCAAUACUGAUCGCCCUGGUGCUCGGUAUCAUAAUCGUCGGAACAGUGAUCGGCAACAUUCUGGUCUGCGUCGCCGUGUUUCUCGUUAGGAAGCUACGUAGGCCCUGCAACUACCUGCUGGUGAGCCUGGCAGUUAGCGAUCUCUGCGUCGCUCUUCUGGUAAUGCCGAUGGCAUUGCUCUACGAGAUCUCCGGUAAUUGGUCCUUCGGCGCAAUUAUGUGCGACCUUUGGGUUAGCUUCGACGUGCUCAGUUGCACGGCCAGCAUCCUGAACCUCUGCAUGAUCUCCGUCGAUCGAUUCUGUGCGAUAACGAAGCCUCUGAAAUACGGAGUGAAAAGGACACCGCGGCGGAUGAUCAUCUACGUCAGUCUGGUUUGGUUAGGAGCAGCCUGUAUUAGUCUGCCGCCUUUGCUGAUUAUGGGAAACGAGCACACGUACUCAGAAACCGGACCGUCCCACUGCGUUGUCUGUCAAAAUUUCUUUUAUCAGAUCUACGCAACGCUGCUGAGCUUCUAUGCGCCUCUUUUCGUCAUGAUCCAGGUCUACUAUAAGAUAUUCUGCGCCGCACGGAAGAUCGUCCUGGAGGAGAGGAGGGCACAAAGCCACUUGGAGGCUCAUUGCUACCUCGACAUAGAGCCCACGGUUCAACACCACCAGCCGGUUCCCGUAAACCGUCAAUUAAGCUCCGACAUACACGUGACCCAGGGAAGUCCUCCCGUGAAGCAGCACAGAAGUUCUAGCGCCUCGACAACG